AUGUCUCUGAAUGAGUUUAAAUGUUACCAACUGCGCACUAGUUACACUUCAUUCAAGGAGUGGUUAGAUUGUAUGCACUGAAUUUCUGAAGUCAUAUGAUUUUGACAGAUUUUAGUUUACUCUACUUGUAAAGUGAAAAUCUAUUCACGUGAAUUAUUUUACACUUACACCCUUCAAAAACUCAUUUAUAAACUAAAAAUGGGUGCAUCUGUAAUUCCUUUCAUAGUUUUCACUGUAUUAUGGGGAGGAGUUGGAGCUGUUCUACCCAUUUUUGUACCUAAAGGACCCAAUAGAGGAAUUAUCCAAGUUAUUCUUAUGAUAACAGGUGUGUCGUGCUGGUUGUUCUGGCUGUGUUGUUACGUAGCUCAAAUGAAUCCUCUGAUCGGUCCUAAACUAGAACAAAACAUCGUGCUGAUUAUGGCAAAACAAUGGAAAUAUGCAUUACCAUCGUCAGCUUGAAUGAAGGUGUGAGUGACCAUUCCAUCUGGAUAGUGUGUAGAAAUUUCAAAUUGCACAGCUAUUGCAUUGUAUUAUAUUUAUUAUUAAUUUCCUUUUUGUGAUCAUCCAAUAUCUGUAUGUAGUAUGUUUUAAAGUGAUGUGUAUAAUAUUGAUUAUUGUUUAUAUACUAUCAUCAAAACCAACCAUUAAUUGUAAAAAAAAUAUUGUUGAAUUAAAUUAAUUUGUCAGUU